UCUGAUCUAUUGCCUUUCCUCAGGUGAGUUGAUGCUCCACAGUGGGAAACAAACCGUUUUCAUUGGCUCUAAAAGAAGGUCAUCAAACUGUGUCACCUGGAACCUAAAUCUAGCCAAUCAGUGCAGCACUUGACAAUGAGUCCUCACCUUGAUUUCAAAUUUCAAACAUACUUUGGAAGCUGAGUUUGUUCGUCAGUGGGAAUCUUCUUCUUUACACUUGUUAAUACACUGAAACCAUCUGCGAUCUUGCAACAAGUUUGCUGACAAAGAACGAGACAAUUCUCGCCUCUUUGUCAGAUAUGGAAGAAGCCACAUCUACCUACCAACAAUCUUACGGUCUGGGUCCUCGGGGUCCAAACCCACCAUAUGGCGUUCAGCAGACCCAGGGACCCCAUCAGCCGGCUCCAGGGCCUUCAGGAGCUCCACGUCCUGAGGAGCAGCACCACAAGCCUUUCUUCUACAUACAGCCCUCGCAGCCAUACAUGCCCAUGCAGAGUAUGCAGUGGCCUGUACCAGUGCCCAUGCCUGUGUCCUACAACCCAUACUACGGCUACCCUGGUUUAGGUUAUGGUAUGCCAGUGAUGCCCCAUUUUCAGCCAAAUCCGUACAUGGAGCCACCUGCCUUUAUUGUACCCCAUACCAACCUCCAUUUGAUGGACUACCGGCGCAUGCUCAACCCUCAGUAUUACCAGACCAUGGCCUACCACUCCCGUAGGUUCCACUACCAGCACAACGGCCACACCAGAGAAAUGACCAGCUCUGAGGUUCAAACUGAGCCACUGUCUGCAGUCCAGAGGACCGGCACAACAGGUUUCAGUAACGUUGAGGCCUCCAGUGGCCUCCCAGUCCGCAGCAGCGACGGCAGCCAGAGUGUCUCCGUCAAGCAGCCUCUUCCACCAGCCGUGGCUCUGCAGAAGGGGGAUUAUUCUCUGGAGCUAAAGGACAUGGCACCCUCUUCCGCCACAAGGACUCCACCAAAUAGCAGCUUUGUGAUUCAGACAGAGGAGGUGAGGAUUGAAUGCUGCACCACGCCGGUGGGAUUACAACUUCUGCACUCUCAUGACACUGCAGAAGUAUCGCACAACUUUUCCCAAGACAUGGGCCAGUGUAGCAGCUCCCUCCUCCAGGGCUGUGUGCUGCAGGACGAGGGACUGUGCCUUCCCGCAGACCAGUCAGAGCAGGCACUCCAAGUUUGUCCUGACAUCCUAUUAGUUGGGACACCCAACAGCGGUGAGAUGAUCCCUGCUCUGGAGGACUCCAGGAGCCAGACAGACCCUGUGACUGUCUCCUCUGACUUUGGUUCCCAAGUAGCGGCUCAUGGCGAUGUUCAAGAGACGAGUAGUGACAACGAUCAGAGUACGACGUCCAACAAUUUCCACUUCAAAGUCGUUCACCUGCCCUUCAACCCCAAGUACCUGGAUGAGCUUUGGAAGAUGAAAUCCACUGUCUGGUCAACGGAGGAAACUGUGAUUCCCUCACCUGACUCGCUCAUCCAAAAUGGCGACACAGAUUCUCAUGAUGAAACGCUGUCUGGUGAAGCUGAAGUGCCUUCAGUGGAUGUGCUGAUGGUGAAGGAGGCUCCUACAGAAGAGCUUGUCCCAGUGUUUGAGAUGCCUCUUCUGGCAGAGGAGGACAUGGUCCCCACUGCGGAGGAUCCCGGGGAUGAGAUGUGCCCGAUGAUCGAUGUUCAUAUUGCAGAGGAAUAUCCUAUCACCAAGUUGAACCACACAGCAAAGCCGGCUCUUGUACCUAACUUGCUGUUGAGUAAUUCCCCUCUUAAGGCAGAUGGAAACAAAUAUAGACGAGAAACGAAUGCCCAGGAUCACCAGGAUACUUCGUUCGAAUCGUUACCUGCCUACCUCCCCUCAACCAGCUGGCUGGCAGACUUUGAUAAUGUCGACCAUUGUAGUAUAAUUCCACCAACUCCCAAGAAGCAGAACAGAUGUCUGAGCAGCCGUGGGUUAGACGUGCCUACCAGAAGAAGAAAACUAGACUUGCACUACAAAGAACAGGCUACUGUUCGCAAGCCCAGAGAGCGGUACAAACCCAAAGGGAAGGUGGAUCGGAGAAGCCUCUCGGACCAUGAAUGCUGUCUUAACAGCAAUUUCAAUGACAAUGCAUUUACUUCUCAUGCGCCCAAGAGGGAGAGACUUUGCUCCAGAUGUGUGUCAAAGAGCAGGAUCUGCACGUCCGAUAGUCCAGCGCUCGAUGGUCACACCUUCAAAAGGAAAGCUGCUUUUUUCCAACAGUGGAACGACGUACUCCUUCCAACAUGUGAAGCCUGUAAACCUAAAGCCAACAACCGACUGAUGACAAAAGGUUCUGGUUUGGAUGUUUGUGGCCCUCGUCAUGGACACGACACUGAGGGGGAAUCUUCUGAGAACUGCUCAUGUCUCUUCGGCUCAAAAUGGAGGUCGGCUGAUCGUCCCAGGAAGCUCAACGAUCUCAAGAGGCCACUGGCCUCCAAGCAAAACGUGGAGAAAUGUCCUGCAGCGAUGAACCCAAAGCUGAGGGAAAAGAACUGUGUGUGCAAUGAGCCGCAGCUUCAGUCUGUUGCUUGGGAGAGGCUUCGCCACUGUCCCCACGGCAACGCCAUCCAUGAAAUGGAUGAGAACUGCGCCGUGCCGGUUUCCCUCCAGGACAAGUGGACGGUAAUGGAUCAGAUUUACCUGACACACAGGUUGCAAAAUGAGAAGUCAUGGAAAGCGGUGACGCCAUACCCCGACAGUGACUACUGCAGGAAUGACGCCAGAUCACCACAUUUUAACAAACACAAGAAGUCACAACCACAAUCACAAGGAACUUGUAGAAAAGACACGAGAUGCUGAUUUGCACAAGAGCACAAUUCAACAAAUUCUAAAACACACUUGUAAAUAAUAAUGAUCACUUAAUUUAAAUUAUUUUCACCUAAAGUUGAAUUGUAUAAUAAAUCACAAUGUUCACUAUUUAUUAACACUAAAAUAAACACAGUGUUAUGAUUCUACUUGUAGUUUCUUCUUUUUGAACCUGCAGUUUGUUUUGGAAAGUGAAAUAAAGGAUGUAGUAGUUUUAUUUGUCCACUAGGUGGA